GGGCCGCAGCGGGGGGACCCCCUACCCGCACCCUGAGAUAUUUUCCGCUCCCGAUCGGCCGUACGCUCCCCAUCCGACGCCUCCGCUGCCGCCGCCGCGGUCGCCGCCCCGGCCGACGGCCGCCUUUUGAGGACGUGGCCCAGGAGGCGGCUUCGCUUUUCCCUGUUCCUCCCCUCCCCUCCACUCCCUUCCCUUCCGUCCAGGUUCUCUCCCCCCUCGGCUCUGGCUUGGCUUGGCUUGGCUCCUGCCUGACCCUUCCUCCGGAGUUAAUGCCUCCGCCUCCGAGUCAGUGCAGCUGCAGCCAGGGCUUGCCGUCUCCGUCCCGCUCCGCGCGGCGUGGGUGGUAGCGCUCCCCGUCCGCGCGCGUGGUGGUUGGGAUGGGCGGAACUGGAGCGGGGGAGUGUGCAGGUUGAGGAGUUGAGGGACCUGUUGUGGCGCGUGUCUCCCUGUCGCCCACAGGUUCUUUUUAUGCCUCCGCGGCCACGGGGGGACGGAUUCCGGAGAGGGAUUUUGCAGCAGUUGAGCUGGUGAGUCGGGGGCGGCGGGGCGCGGGUGCUUUGAUCCACCGGCGCCUGGGCUGCCGUACGUUCUUGUCGCCGUGGCGGCGGUCGCGGCAGCGGCGCAGCUCGGGUGAGUGGUGCCUGCUCCUGCCCGUUCCGGCGCUGGAUUCUGGGUGUUUUGGGCGGCGGUUUGGAGCGAGAACUGCGGGAGAAAUCUUGGCUUCUGGCUGGCCUUGUUCUAGUUCAUCCUGCUUCUGUACGUGGUGUUGAUUCGCAGCGUUUCGCAGGAACGUGGCUGCGUGCUUGUGCGCGUUCCUUGCCUAGCUUGGCGUGAUCCAAUUCUGGUCCCGACUGAAAGGCGGCGUGGUGCGCGCUGCAGAACAUAACUAUACAAGCGUGUGCUUCGUGCUUGCGAAGAAGUUUCUGCAAACAUCAUUCCAAGCUCGUGAGGAAAGUCAAUUUUGUUUUUUUAUAGACUUUGCACUCCAAUCAUGUCGGACUUCGUCGGGAGUAGAUAUGAUAAGCAAGAAGAUUUUCAAGUUCUAUUGAACAAGAAAGACCCUGGAGAAUCACCGAAACACAAGCAUUACCUGUGGAUGGCACACUGGACCAAAGCAAGCAGCAGCGCAGAACCCCAAAAUAACAAUAGCAGCAACCCUUUGGAGGAUAUCAACAAGGCCAGUACUACAAAAGACAGUGAGACUUUGCCUUAUGAAUUCAUGAAAUCAACAGUAGCUGAAAGGCUCAUGAUAGGAGUAAGCCAUGGAAAUGCCUCCGUUCAGCAUGCCCAACAAUUCAAUUCUAGUAUGUGGGGUGUGGCACAUCAUGUUUGCAAUGAAUUGGGAGCAAAGAAUAAUGAGCAGGUUGAUGAGUCUUUUGAAAAAUCUAUGAAGAAGAAUGCUGUGAACUUGCGUGCUAGGGCAGUUGUGUCAGAAACAUAUUCUGUUCACAAGCUUUCAGAAUUACCGUUGAAUUUUCAGAAACUUGGGAACUCGGAGGAUCCAAAUUCAGAUUGGAGCCACUUUCCUAUGUUUGCAAUUAAUCAAAAGAUUGGCAACAUACUCAACCCAAAACGAAGGUCUGCACUUGGUCCUGCAUCACUGAAUCUAAAUAUGUCUACAUCUCAUGUUAUGGCUCUAUCGUCACAGGAAUAUAGGGUGAACUCACAUCAAACUGCUGAUGAGAAUAUGGAAAUGUCCAAACCUGCAGGAGGUUUUGCAUCUCCCAUAGAGGAUCCUGGUGGCCUCAACUCAGAUCCUUCAGGGCAAAAGUUAAAAAGGAAAUUAUUGGAUACAAUGUCAUGUUCUUGCAGCAAGGAUGACAACAACUCAUCAGAUUGUCCAAUAGAUGAGCAGCAUACAAGCCACUAUUUUGCAAAAGCAAAGCAUGAGCUACCCUGUGCAUCUAAUGGAAAGAAGUUCACAUUUGCAGAAAACAAAAACUACCACAGGGUCGCAAGUGCGUUCCACAAUCUGAAGACAAGAAGAUCUUCUGUCCAUAAACAACAAAAUGAUGCAAAGGCCACAUCCUGCACUUCAGUACUUGGUAGAGAGUUUCAGAAUGAACCAAUAACUAUUUCUAACAACAGCAAGAAGGAUGCUGAGAAUUUAAAUGAGACAUAUAGAUCUCAUGACAAGGCUGUUUCAUGUUCUUUGUUACCUUUUGAGCAGCAGCAUCUGAAAAUACAGAGAACGGAAUCUGCAGCAAAUUUGGGAGGCUACAUGUUACCUGGUCAAAUCGCAAACAAGUUGACAGAAAAGAGUAAGAGUAAUGGUGAGCUGCUGACACAUGGACCAAAGUCAAAGGAGAUGCAUACAGGUUCUUGCAACCGACGAGGACCCUGUUUAUUUGAAAAGUUAACAAUUUCUUCCAAGUCACAAAGUGGGUAUCCUAAAAAUUCUGCGUCUUCAGGGAAAUCUAGUGGCUUUGGAGUUUGUAUGUAUGGCACCAAUAUUGGCAGUCAGCUAUUUGGAGCACAGAAUCAAUCUUCAGUUAGGACUGAAACAUUGUACAGCGAUACUCUUAUUCCAUCCAAAUCCUCAGCAGGCAUUGCUUCAUUGUCGGCACAAAAGGACUACGUUUGCCCAGAUGAAGCAAAAAGUGAGCAGCUGGCAACUCCUUCCCAAAGAGGAGAUUCACGAUGCAGUAAAGAUGACGGGUUCCAUAAUGUGAAUGAAAAUCAUGAUGUUUCGUCAAAAGCUACUAUUGCCAGUAAGCCAUCAUGCAUGCCCAGAACAAGAAUCACAAACCUAGAUCUCAUCCUAUCCCAGAUGAGCAGAAUGAGAAAUCAAAUUUCUAGUGGUAUAGUUCAACCACCAAUUGGUGCCGAGCCAAGUGAUAGAUGGCUCAAGCGGCUACAGCUUGAUAUAUCAGAUCCUGACAUCCCUGGUUCCAAGAGGCCAAAAAUUGGAGACAGUCCUCCACUCGGGCAAACAAAUUGUUUGUUUGGCAUGGCUCUUCCUUGCAACAAGAUUGAUGCCGAAAUGAUUGGUCGUGCCAAGGCAGACCAGAGUUUGGAUGAAGGGAAUAACGAACUCCAAGACAAGCGAGGAAGAUCCCCAGUUCCAGCAAAGAGUAUGAGUAGCUGGAUAGGAAGAUGGUGCCAAGGCGGCACUUCUGUUUUUCAUGAAGACCCAUGUCAGGGAAGACAAGCAACAAAACAUGACCAGCCAUCUGAAGAACUUGAAGGACAGUUCCCGAGCAUCGCUGCUAUGGCGAUGAUGGGGCGAGUGAUGAACAAGCUCCGUCCGUGCGAGCAUCAGAAACAGGGGCCAUUUGUGGUUUGGAAGACAGAUUGAUUUUGAAUAUAUUUUCUUGCGUGUAAUUUUCUGGUUCCUUUUUAAAGAAAUGUAAAGCUACUGUGAAUUGUGCCUGAAAUUGGUUCAUCGUUCUGGUCUGCUAUUGUUAUUAAGUGAAACUAGUUUAGCAGGCCAAACAGUAGAUUAUAUUGAUACCAUUAAGAUGAAACUUGUCAAUUGUACCUGAA